AUGACCAAGCGAAAGGUCGAUGAGCUAGACGCAGCCGAGGCCUCAGAUGAAGACCCUCAGCCGACAUCUGAGCAGGAGCACGGGGAAUCUGAGCAAGACGAAAUUCCUGACGAAGUCACACCUCCCCCUCAACAGAAGAAGAGACGGGGCCGACCACCGGGAUCGAAGAAUAAGCCCAAGGCCUCUACUGGCGCUGGCACCUCGGCCGCUGCUGACGCACCCCCGCCGCCCAAGAAGAAGCGAGGUCGUCCGCCCAAGGUCCGCACUCCAGAGGAGCUUGCCGCUAUCGAGGAGAAGAAGAACCGUCCCAAGGGCAAGCGGGGAAGGCCUCCCAAGAAGCUGAAAGCUGAACAGGCCGCUGCCGCUGCUGCCGCCGCCGCUGCCAAAGCCGAGGCAUCCGGUGCCACCAAUCCGACCACUGCUCCCACCUCUACAGGCGCCAGCACCUCUGCCCCGGCACCGGUAACUUCAGAGACGACCGAGGCACCUGCUGCGCCUGAAACAGCAGCCACUGAAGCAUCCACCGCUUCUCCUACCACCAAAGAUUAA